AUGUCUAGACACAAUGAUUUCAACUACAGAAUGUAUUCCUCGCGAACAUGGCUGGAGGAGACAGAUAAGCCGGUAGCCGAACCGGCACUGCUAGUCGCGGAAGUCUAUGAGCUCCCGGGUAUCUUUAGAAAGGGCAAGGUUCGCGAAAGCGUAGGCCACCAGGGAAGCCUCGAAUAUCCCAAAACACCGACAAUGAAACAGACACAGCUCGAAAAUAUGAGGUUGGAGCCCGACUCUGAUCUCACACGGCCUAUAGAAAAGAAUAUGUCAACAGGGCCAUCACCUCACAUGAAGGGGUGGGGAGGUGUACUGACGGAUAUCUUCCAACAGCUGUGA